AUGGAGGAGCUGGCAGAGCAUGGUAUUUUCUUGCCUUAUAAUAUGCAAGGACUGACAGAUGAGCAAAUCGAAGAACUGAAGUUAAAGGAUGAGUGGGCAGAAAAGUGUGUACCAAGUGGUGGAAGUGUCUUCAAGAAGGAUGAAAUUGGGCGAAGAAAUGGACAUGCUCCAAAUGAAAAAAUGCAGCAAGUUAUAAAGAGGACAAUAGAGGAAGCCAAGGCAUUAAUCUCUAGGAAACAAGUUCAGGCCAAUGUGUGUGUUAAUAUGGAGAUGGUGAAAGAUGCAUUGGACCAGCUCCGAGGGGCUGUGAUGAUUGUGUAUCCGAUGGGAUUGCCUCCACAUGAUCCAGUUAGGAUGGAGUUUGAAGAUAAAGAAGACUUGUCGGGAACUCAUGCUGGACUUGAAGUUAUAGAAGAAUCAGAAGCACAAUUAUGGUGGGCAGGAAAGGAGUUGAAAGAAACAAAGUUGCUGUCUGACUAUGUAGGCAAAAAUGAGAAAACCACCAUCAUUGUCAAGAUACAGAAAAAAGGACAAGGAGCUCCAGGGCGUGAACCUCUGAUUAGUCAUGAAGAUCAAAAACAGAUGAUGCUGUAUUACUACAGAAAGCAGGAGGAACUUAAGAAACUAGAAGAGGAUGACGACGACUCAUUUCUAAAUGCUGAGUGGGCAGACAACCAUGCUUUGAAAAGGCAAUUUCAUGGUGUAAAAGACAUCAAGUGGGGGCCAAGAUGAAGCUCUGCAAACACCUUUUUGCCUUUUUAAGCUGUUUGGUUGAUACACCUGUUUGCAAUAAGGAGUUGUGUUGUGUGCGGUAGGUUCUGCUGACAAAAGCUGAAGUUGUCACUUCCAUAGCAGAUGCCUGUUUCAGCCUUAGGUUUUCAAUAAAUGUUUACAUUUCUAUGUAGCUGUAGCAGCACUUAUCUCUGCGAAGAAUAGAAUCAAUCCUGUUGAAGUUCAUUAUUUUAUUAGAAACUUGUAAUUUGAAUAUGGAAAUAUUAAACUAUUUCAUAGAUAAUAUAUCUAGUAAAUAUGCAUUAGAA